AUGACAGCAGCAGUUGUGCCCCUGUGGGCUGGGUUUCCCGUUCCCACUGGAGUGCGAUUGAACCCACAGCCUCAACUAUGGACACCUCCGCGGCACGCUCUGAAGUGCCAGGCAACGAGCAAGGAUUAUGAAAGGAAAUUGUCGCCUCAGUUCAUCGUCUCUGACAAGAUUCUUGAUACUGUCUCCGACAAGGCCGAAUCCGAUGGCGCAUCCGUUCUGCUCGACAUGCCGUACGAGAUCCUCCUGACCAUCUACGACAGUCUCGGCCACGCACCGUCUCAGAUCGCCCUGGCGCUGACCUGUAAGCGCAUGGCCAUGGUCGCCCGAGAUGUCCAUCUAUCUCUGUCAGCCACCUCUGCCAGAUAUGCUGGCUUUCUACCGAAACGCGUCUUUGACGUGCCAGACCUCAUGGCCCAGCUCAACCCGUGGAUGCCGGCCACUCUACGGCUCUGCAACCACUGCUUGACCAAUCGACCCUUGCGUGAAGACUACUGGAACACCAUCGUCGGGUGCGAAAUCAGCAAUUUCUGGAUUCAGAAGACGGGUUGGACCUUCCACGACGCCAGCUGGCACAAGCAGGUCCACGACAUCUGUCCUGCCUGCCACGUCUCCUGCACUUUGAGUGACUAUGUCGAUUGUGACGGCUGUCGCACUCUAGGCCGACUUGGCGACAUCGACUGGUCUCGUGUCACCGAGUCCUCGCCGCGGCGAAUUGGGCCCGACUCUCAAUCUGGCGGCAGCGUAACUUGA